AUGUUAUAUGAUAAUAUAACAUCGUCGAGUGGUAACAAUGAUCAUUAUAUACCUACAUUCAACAAUGAGCAGAUAGAUCAAUUGGACCACAUUGGUUACCUCUUGAAAUACUUUCACGGCAUCUGCUGGGGUAUUCCACUCAUCUCAACGCUCAUCUCACUCAUAGCACAUGCAUUUGGUCCUGUCGGUUCGUGGUGUUUCAUUCACGAUCCAACCAGUGUCUUUAGAUUACUCUACUAUCUGCCAUUAGUAGUUGUAUUCUUUGUAAAUCUAUGUGUAUUUGCAUGUAUAAGGUGGAAGAUAUCACAACAUUCAAAUUCAAUUGUAUCAAGAGUCAAUAUUAUUGUUUCGUUUUAUUUGAUUGCUUUUGCGCUCUCACAGUUUCCAACGGUUAUCAAUAGCAUACAGAAUUUUUCAGAACCUUCUCAUCCAAAGUUUUCACUGUUUGCCUUUCAAUUGUUGCUGCAGCCACUACAGGGAUUCUUUAAUUGUAUAGUCUAUGGAGUGAACGAAGGUUUCAUUUCUCAUUACAUCGAAUUCUUUGAGAAACAUCUGUUCCGUUGCAGAAAAUCAAGAGAACUUAAACAGAUCGAAGUUGAACAGGAACGACUCAUCGUAGAUUAUGACAACAGCGACGAAGAGUCACAAACAACAAAUAUGGAUCAAUUAAUUAUAGAUGAUUAUUCUAUACAGUAG